AUGCGUAUCGUAUUGUUCAGGCACAACUCAUGGGAGCCACGUGAGAAUAUAUUGGACGAGAGAUUAUUUGCGGAAUACGAAGCAAGGAAAGCGAAGAAGAACGAUCGAAAGCGGUCAAGUACAAGUUCAGCAACAUCCAAAAAGUCGCCACCCACUAAAAAGUCUAAACGACUAAGCGCUGCUGAACACCACAAACUCAACGACGAUGACAGCGAUGAUAAUGAUAAUCUAGAUGAUGACGAAGGUAAUGAUGAAAUUAAUUCAGUUCUCUUCUGA